GAUUUGCCGCCAGUGGACAACGUGUGGGCUCUGGAUUUUGGUCUGGAGGCUUCAAAGCCUUUCGAGUCCAUCCAGAUACGGACAUUUCUGCCUGCUGAGACACGGCUGGAGUUGGCGACGGGUGUUGCCUCGCACACUUGGUGGACAGUCCUGGACCAAUAUUUGCCCUUUCGGAUUGAUUUCAUGCCAUUCACCACCAUUCCGGCGCCUAGGAUGCGCCAGCGCAGGCUGCAGAGUGGUAGCGACCCGCUGCUACCAGACGCAGAGGAUGGCGGAGUUGUCGUGUUCGUGUCUGCUGGCUUCGAGUUUGAGAAGCUGGACUUUGAUGUCUGUGGCAGUCCGACACUGGAGAGGAAAGGACGAGACCCCUGGGAUCUUGAAGCCUCGUACUCCUCCCUCGACAUGGUAUGCCGCAUCGGGGAUGAAAACGGCCUUCCUUCGCUAGAGGGAGGUGGUGAUGCCCCAGUGUCUAUGAUCUUCCUGCUCAUCGCUCGCAAGGCAAUUCUGGAGGGCGUGGUGUACACACUGGAAGGCAGGGUACGAAACCCAACGGUGCCUAGCUGGCCAGACACGGCCCAGUGGCGUAUCGAAACCUACAAAAGAUUCAUUGCAACUGGUGCCCGUGUGGCGCUGGACAAGAGCUACCUGCAGACCAUCCCCAUAUUGCGGCCUGCGAGGUCAUUUCUGGUAAAUAACAGUGCCCAUGAGUAUGAAGCCAACGCGAAAGCCUACGGCGUUGAGAUCUCGAUAACACUUCCGGAGCCCUUGCGCCUUGCGGCCAGCGUCGAGAUAAGCGCGCCACCUGGUGUCGAGCUUCGAGAAAGUUUGGGCAAUGCCAGCCACCCAAAUGCCAGCUACGGGAGAUGCCUUGAUUUCAGGUGGCCCACGACAUUCAGACCUUUGAGGGAGGACGUGGAGCCCGAGUGUCGGUGCACUCCUGGUGCAGAAGUCCAAUGCUAUGUGAUUGUCAACAUCUCCCACAUGGCAACAGAUCCGGUGCUUGAGCAUGAAACGGAGCUACGCUUUACCUUGUCCGUGAUCAACUCU